GUUCCUGCAGAGCUCCAUGUGGCCUUGAUUCGGCUGGCAUUUUUCCUCCCCGCUCUAAUUUUAUCUCCCAGCAUCUUAUCGGAGCCGCGCUUUGAUAAUAUCUGUUAUCGAUUCCACCUCACUCUCGCCUUACUUGCAGCGUCUAACGCGCCUCUUGUUGCUUCUCUUCAGCUCUCGGAUCUUCUAUGAUGCGCUUCUACUUUUGGUGUUUACCUUACUGAUCUCUCACAUGACUUGAUCGUUUCAUUAAUGUAGACAUUACGAAAUGCAGGUUGACGGUGGUGACCCUCUCGACUGGACGGUCGACAACGUGGUCGACUUCCUCUGCCGUAGUCCCGAAGCACCAUGGUCCCGGUCCUCCUCGCAAGCUCCCCGUCCGGACCCCGUCUCCUUCGAAGCCGCACUCCGGGAAAACUUCAUCACCGGCGAGGUCCUCCUACAUGAUGUCGACAAGAAUACCCUGCGGGAUGACCUGGGGCUGCGGGCCUUGGGUCAUCGGAGCUGCAUCUCAAUGGCUAUAAGGUACCUACAGAAGAGGUCUCAAAAGUUUCAAGAGUCUCUCAGCCACAGCCCGUUGGAUGACCCUACCAUUGGUUCCUCAAGACGCCCGUCCUUUUCAUCCCCCGGAAUCUUCCGACAGCCCUCGCUCCCUGCCCACUUCAAUCCUCCGAGUCACUCUACAACCCCAAAGACACAUGUACAGACAACGACCAAUGCGUUGACUCCAUCUGCAUCUAUGUCCGUGGAUACCAAUCCCGUCACCCCGCAAAACCCCUUUUCACAGCCGAUAGGACAAGUGAGGGGCAAGCAGACUGUUCCACCCGAGAAACUCCCGCCUGGAAACGAGGAUCGGCAAGCUGACCGGCGGGAUCAGAUCUUAGGGACGCCCUCUACAUCACAUCGGACGGUAGAAAACACACCCCCUCCGGUGAACGCGCGCCGCCAAGAGCAGAUCGUGGUUGACGCUCAUGGCAAAAAACGGCGAAAACUAGAUCUGGGUUCAUUGCCCGAUGUCCCGGGGAUACGCGGAUCUCAACAUCCCGGAACCCAAGCCAAGGAAUGGUAUAUGGGACCAGGCCAGAUUACGAACGCCCAACUCUUCCAUUCGUCUGACCCAGGUGACAGCGAGGAUUCGUUUGUUGUUCUAGGAUCUGGUUUCCCUGCUCAACGCACUUCUGUCAACAAACGCCUUGCCUACUUCUAUAGACAAAAGCGAAUCAAGCUAAAGUCGAGUAGUGACUGUGUUCAAUGGGCUAUCAUCCCCUACAAGCUAUCGGAGACAAAGGGCCAGAGACUUUUCACUUUAUAUACGGCGAAGGAUGGAAAAGUAUCUGUUACCAAGGAACCCAUAGAAAAAUGGCCGGAGCUUCGUAAACUUCAGGAAGCCACAGCGGUGGCAGAUCUGCACAAGUCAGGUUCCGACCCGUUCCUUCAGAGCAAUGAACCCCAGAGCCACAAAUAUGACAUCCUCCUCCAGAGGUAUCCACCCCAGGAGGAGGAUGUCUUACCUCCGUACGGAGAAUCCGGCUCGGAGGGGGAGUUCGAUGACAAGACCUGGGAGGAAAUUGACGACGAGCGCCAAGACCGAGUCCCUGAACAGGAGAAGGACCUCACAUCCGCCGAGCUCGAACCCCUCAUCAGCCAAUGCAUAUCAGACUACGAGGAUAGGUGGAACCAAAUCGCCCGCCCCAGGCAGGAGCCAAAGGCCCGGAAGAUCUGGCUGAAGGCUAGACGGCAAGGGCGCGUGGAUCUGCAAAUCGCCGCCAUCACCCGAGACAUCGGUUUUCUGGAAAAGCGGCUCGGCGGGAUAGAGAGGGAGAUCUGCAAAAGCCAGUAUGGUUCAGAGUCGGAGCUAAAAACGCAGUGCCAAAGCUUGGAGCAGACGAUUUUCGGAAUCCAGAGCCAGAAAUGGCGGAUUGGGGUCCUUCAGCAGGAGAAGUGCCCCCCGAAGGUCUCUGCUCCUCCACGGCCUGCGCCUAAGAAAAAGCCCAAGAAUGCAGAUGAAGAAUCUCUCCAUUCAGAGACAGACGAGUCGAGUGAUUCGCUUGAUGAUUUCAUCGACAAAUCUGACCUGGAUAGCCGCGCUGGCCCAUUCCUCGAGACUCCCGCAUCACCAGCUAGGUCUGUAAGUUCCCCUUCGGAAACUGAUAGUGAGGGUGGCAUCAUCAGCCCCUCUGGCAUUCGGCGGCGGACUUCGAUGCAUCGCGUCUUUGCCACCAGUUCCUCGCCGUCGUCUCCGGAGCGCAUCUCGUCACGAGACUCUCAGUCACCUCCAGCGGCAAGUCAACCAGCGGGUGACCUGAUCGAUCUCACAGUAGACUCAGCUGAGGAAGACUUGGAAAUCGAGACACCGCCACUUAACCCGGUGCAACACAAAGUAUCCAAGACGGCAGGUAAUAACGUCAAGGCUGAGAGGGCCCCUUCCGUGUCUCCCCCACCUGAUCUGGGCCCUACAGUAGCAUCUAAGGCUGCACGGAAAACGUCCUCCCGGGUCCAGGUUGUGAUUCCCCAACUGAAAAAGCCGCGAAAUGGCACAGAAGCGGAAACACCUCUUCCGGACCUUAGCGAUCUCGGUGCAAUACUUGAUAUCCCUUGGUCGAAGCUCGAAGAGCGCCGCGACCGCCGUAGGCUGUUAGCAAAGAUCAUCGGGAGCUUGGCCGAUGACUUUCGAUUGGCCAUGACAGACGAGGUCCCUAAGUAUGGCGUGACUCUUAUGCAGGAAUAUGUAGAUACUGCAUUGGAAAUCUUGUGUCAAAGCCAGGACACGUUCCCCGGUGUCGACGAAAAGCAAAGCCAGUUCAUUAUGCGAACGGCAUCUUUCUACAUCUCGUGGGUCAACUGUGCUCAGCUCCACAAAGGAAUUAGGCGACACUACAUCUUGGAGAGCAUAGAUGAACUGAAGGAUAGUUUCGCCGAGUUUUAUAACCAGCUAUGCAAUCGCCUGGAAGCCUACCGCAACUGGGUCAGGCCACAGCGUAAGUCGAAGGCACUUGGGGAUGUAGCAAGGUCAUCUCAAAAGCCGUCGGAUAGCUCCGAAGGGGAACUCGCCGAAUCUGCACACACCCCCCACAAGAAGCGGAAGAGGGAAGUCAAAGAAAGCUUGACGGCGAAGAAUACCCAAGCCAGCGCCAAAAGACGUGUUGCUGUUCAACAUGAACAGAGAGAGAAGUUGAAGAGGAAAAUGGGCAACAUGGGCAUCAGUAAUGAUGAUCCAGCCCACCAGGUUGUCAGCUUCGACGACCCGGUCCUCUAUCUGGAUCCCCAUAUUGGCCAGGUCGUAAAACCCCACCAGCUGGAGGGCAUCCAAUUCAUGUGGCGCGAACUGAUCAGAGACGAGACCCAGCAGGGCUGUCUCCUUGCCCACACCAUGGGCCUGGGGAAGACCAUGCAAGUUAUCGCGCUGUUGGUCACGAUCGCUGCCGCAGCAUCUUCCAAUGACCCGAAGGUCCGACAGCAGGUCCCAGAAGCGUUUCACCGACCUCAGACUCUGAUCAUCUGCCCGUCAUCUCUGAUCGAGAACUGGUACGAGGAGAUCAUCCUUUGGGCUCCCCAGGACUCGGGGAUCGGACUCACACGCAAGGUGACGAGCGCCAGCCCGCCUCGAGAGAGAAUACAGUUGAUAUCGGAAUGGGACCAGGAAGGCGGCAUACUGAUCAUAAGCUACAAUAUGUUCCACGCAUGGAUCUUCAACAAGGAGACCAAAAAGAGGCCGCCUCCUCUCACUGAAGAGGACCACGAGAACGUCAAGAAGUGGCUCUUGGAAGGCCCCAAUCUUAUUGUUGCAGACGAGGCGCACAUGAUGAAGAACCGAGCAACGGCUGCCUCCAGGGCUGCGAUGCAAUUUCGCUCCAAAAGUCGAAUUGCAUUAACUGGGUCUCCGCUCGCUAACAACCUGGUUGACUAUUUCACGAUGGUUGAUUGGAUUGCCAAGGGGUAUCUGGGUGAGUUCGUGGAGUUCAAGGCCAAUUUUGUCGAACCGAUCGAACAGGGUCUCUACCUGGACAGCUCACGUCAUGAGCGACGAAGGUCUCUUGUUAAGCUAAAGGUGCUCCAAGGGAUCCUGAACCCCAAGAUCAAUCGGGCUGACAUCACCGUGCUGGCGGACAAUCUGCCGCCGAAGGUGGAAUUUGUCCUGACCGUGCCGCUGACCAAGGUGCAAACGGAUGCGUACAACCUCUAUGUAGACACUAUCUUGCAGGGCAAAGGGGACAUUGGGAACGCCAAGCUGUGGUCUUGGCUAGCUAUCCUUUCGCUCUGCUGCAACCACCCGGCCUGCUUCCGUGACAAGCUGCUGAACCGAGCCAGCGAGGCGCGGAAAAUCGACCAGAAGCUGCGUGAAGUCGAGGAGCUUCCCGGCGACGAGCCAAUCGGCCAGGCAGGUCUUCCGGACUCAGAGAAGCUCGUCAUAGAACAGGAGAAACUCUUUGCCAGCAUCCCGGAUAUGAUGGCCGUGGGGCUCUCGUAUCGCGCGCAGAUUCUGGACCGGAUCAUUGAGGAAUCCGUCCGUGUCAAUGACAAGGUCUUGGUAUUUUCCCAUAGCCUCCUCACGCUCGAUUACAUCGAGCACGUGUUGACGCUCCGGAACCGAAAAUAUUGCCGACUGGAUGGGAAUACCCCUGUCCAGAGUCGCCAGAUGGCAACAAAAAACUUCAAUACCGGGGUUGAUCAGCAUGUUUACCUGAUCUCGACACGCGCGGGGGGCCUGGGUCUGAACAUCCCGGGCGCCAACCGCGUCAUCAUAUUUGACUUUGCUUUCAAUCCGGUGUGGGAACAACAGUCCGUCGGACGUGCGUAUCGCCUAGGACAGAAGAAGCCUGUCUUCGUCUACCGCUUCAUCUCCGGAGGCACCUUUGAAGAGAUCGUGUACAACAAUGUCGUCUUCAAGACCCAGCUUGCCUUCCGUGUGGUUGACAAGAAGAAUCCUAUCCGUCAGGCGUCCAAAUCCCCGGGAGACUAUCUCUUCCCAGUCAAGCAGGUUCCCCAGGAGGAUAUUUCCGAAUUUAUUGGGAAGGAUCCCGACGUGUUGGAUAAGAUAUUAUUGGAACAGAACGAUGAAGAACGGUCCAUCCGGAAGAUUGCCCUGACAGAGACGUUCCGACGGGAAGACGACGAGCGGCUGACGGAGGAAGAGACCAAAGGUGUUCAAGAGGAACUAGACGACGAGCGCCUGAAGCGCACCAACCCGGAAGAGUACGCCCGGCGGAUUUCCGAAAGGCAGAGGAGAUUGAUGGCCGAGGGUCCGACCCCCAUCCUCGCCGCUCAAACCCACCCCGGACUAUUCCAGCCUCCCAAUCGACCUGCACAUGCCCCGCCGCCGUUUCCCAGCCAGCAGUCCCUGACUAUUCCGUCGUCCUCCGUGCCGACCCAUGCGCACAAUGUCGGCCCGCCGGCUUUGACCCCGGACACCAGCGUCUUUAAGAACCGGCCCGCAUGGUCGUCCCCAGCAGCAGGUCUCACGUCCUUUCCAUCUCCCCGGAAUGAGCACGCUGCCUACUCGUCUGGUUCUCCGGGUGCGUCCAAUACAGGCACGCCACGUUCUCUGCAGCAGCCACCCAACCAGGGAGGAUCCCCAUCGACCCAAGCGCCGCGGACAGGCCCGCACGGGCCCAGUCCCCUACAGCAGCCACCGGGACUACCACCACAGACCCUGGGAGGGCAGACCGACGGUGCCGACGGAUCGGGAUCCCAAAGCCCAGAGUCGGACGAGGAGGAGCAGCGGGAUUAUUGGACGAGUCCCAGCUGCAAGACGCAGUAGAUUCUACUCUACAUCUUUUUGCAUUGGCCCUUAUUCACUUUAUUUGUUGCAUAUGAUAUCCCUGUACAUG